AUGUUGGGGAUUUCUGAGAUUUUUAUGACUCUAGUAGUAUGUCUCCUGAUUUGGCAGUUCCUAAAGCUGCAAUGGGUGCGUACCCAGCUUCCUCCAGGACCAGUUCCUCUCCCCAUCAUUGGAAAUUUGUGGCUGUUGGACUUCAAACUUCGUCGAGAAACCCUCACUAAGUUAACCAAUAUCUACGGAAACAUCUACACACUGUGGAUGGGACAGACACCUAUGGUUGUACUGAAUGGAUACAAAGCAGUAAAAGAUGGCCUUGUCACCCACUCAGAGGAAGUUUCUGGAAGACCUCUCACUCCAUUCUACAGGGAUAUGAUGGGCGAGAAAGGUAUUUUCCUGACAAGUGGUCACACCUGGAAGCAACAGAGACGCUUUGUCAUGACAAUUGUAAGAAGCCUGGCACUCGGAAAGAACAAUUUGGAGCAUCAAAUUCAAACAGAGGCCUGUCGCCUUGUGGACACCUUUGCAAAUACAAAAGGCAAACCUUUUGACCCCCACACUUCCAUCGUCCAUGCCAUUGCAAAUAUCAUUUGUGCUGUUGUUUUCGGUCAUCGCUUCUCCAGUGAGGAUGAAUCUUUCAGGAAACUUAUCAAAGCUAUUUAUUUUGUGAUCUUCUUUCAAGCUACUAUCUGGGGCAGGCUGUAUGAUGCUUUCCCAUGCCUUAUGCACCGUCUCCCAGGGCCUCAUCAGAAAGUGUUUGCAUACAAUGACUUCAUGCACAGUUUAGUCAUGAAGGAGGUCCAGGCCUGUGAGAGAGAGAAGGCAGGUGAUCCACAGCAUCUCAUUGACUUCUACCUAGCUCAAAUAACAAAAACCAAAGAUGACCCUACUUCUACGUUCAAUAAAGACAAUAUGGUUCAGACUGUGGUUGAUCUUUUGCUGGGAGGGACAGAAACAACAAGCACCACCCUUCUCUGGGCAUUGCUCUAUAUGGUACAACAUCCAGAAAUACAAGAAAAGGUUCAGAGAGAGAUAGACGAUGUUGUGGAACCCUCCCAUCCCAUCAGCUACGAGGACCGUAAGAAGCUGCCGUACACCAACGCGGUGAUUCACGAGGCUUUGCGGUACAGCAACGUUACCUCUGUCGGGGUCCCCCGACAAUGCGUGAGGAGCACAACUCUGCUGGGCUUUCACAUAAAAAAGGGCACACUUGUAUUGCCAAAUCUGCACUCUGUGGUGUAUGACUCCGAGCACUGGGCAACCCCCUGGAAGUUCAACCCAGAUCAUUUCCUUGAUUUGGAUGGCAACUUUGUGAACAAAGAGGCAUUCUUACCUUUCUCAGCAGGGCACCGUGUGUGUUUGGGGGAACAGAUGGCACGGAUUGAACUGUUCAUCUUCUUUACCAACCUCCUUCGGGCAUUUACAUUCCAGCUGCCUGAGGGAGUAAAGGAAAUCAGUUCGGAGUAUGUUUUGGGUGCAAUACUGCAGCCUCAUCCAUAUAAACUCUGUGCUAUUCCACGCUAGUCUGCAACAUACUACAAUGCAGAGGCACUUCAACCUGUCAAUAAUUGCAGAUGCUUUAAAAAUACACACCACUAUCUCAACUGCAUUCAAAUAUAGGUAGCUCAGUACAGCAAAU